AUGCAGGCCAAAUCAACAUCACAAGACUGUCCUAUUGCUGUUCCUGAGAGUAAACCAACAGCUGUCGUUCCGGGUAAAGUGUCCCUUUUUGACAUACUAUUUACGGAAACAUACAACAAGACACCACCUGGUCAAGUCAUUUAUGCAGAAGCAAGUAAUCCAGAAAUUAAUUUAACCUUUGAACAAUUGAAACAUCGCGUGCUUGUAUGUGCAGCUGCCCUAAAGAAUAGAUUUGACUUACAGCAUGGUGAUGUUGUUGGUAUAUGUUCUCAGAAUAAUACUAUAUAUCCCAUCUUGUUUUUUGGAUCCAUUGCAGCAGGUUGUGUUGUUGCUCCAUUACGUCCUUCAGGCAUGCUAUCAUCCGAAGAACUUGCUAAUGAUAUUGCUACUGUUGUUCCUAAACUACUUUUUAUUCAUCAGUGGGAGAUGCAACAUACACUCACUGCUCUAGGGCGAUCUGGCAUUCCUAAACCCCCUAUUUUGUUGCUGAAUGAACCUAACGAAAAAAUAGAUGAAGCCCAUGCAAAUAUGCCAACGGUAGAUGCGCUUUUUUUCUCAGAUCAACCAGCACAACCUUAUCAAUAUACAAAUGAGGAGCUUGCAAGCAUCCCUUGCUGUCUUUACUUUACUUCAGGAUCUACCGGCAGAUCCAAAGCUGUCAUGGUCAGUCAAAAUGCUGUUGUCAGCCAGUUACUUUAUAUUGCGGGAGCUGUGCGACGUCAAUGCAACAAUUUGGUAUUUACAAACUUCUCGUUUGCGAGCUCCUUUGGCCUGUACCUGAUUUUUGGUAUCUGCAGUGGAAUGACAUCUUAUAUUCUUGGCAAGAAUGAAUCGACACUUGAAGGUCUUUGUGCCGCUGUUGAGAGGUUAAAGAUCAAAGCAGUUGCUAUUCCCCCAGGUAUAGUUAAUCUUUUGGUCAAGAGUAAACAAGUAACAAGCCGAUAUAAUCUGUCUUCUCUUCAAAAGAUAUAUUUCACUGGUGGUUUUGUGGAUAUAUCUAUCGUAAUGCUUGUGAGGCGGACGUUGAACGUACAUUGUAUCAACUUGUUUGGAAUGACUGAAUCGUUGGGUAUCUUUGUAAACAAUGAAUGUUACACACUUGCUGGCUCUGUUGGUCGUUUAUCUAGGAUUGCGUCUGCACGUAUUGUUAAUGAGAAAGGAAAAGAUGUGCCUGUUGGAGACAUUGGUGAAUUACGUAUAAAGAGUCCCUCUAUGACCAUUGGAUACUACAAGGAUGCCCAGGCUACAGCUGAACUCUUUGAUGAACAAGGAUAUAUGAUAACUGGUGAUAUUUUUAGAAUGGACGAUCAUGGUCUAUUUUACUAUAUCUCACGCUUCAAAGAUUUGAUAAGGCAACCCUAUAUUAAUAUCCAUGCAACAGAAAUCGAAUCGGUGAUCAACAGACAUCCAAACGUUGAAGAUUGUGCUGUUGUGGGUGUCUAUUCUGAAGAACAUGCAUUUGAAUUACCGCGGGCCUAUGUGUCUCUGAUCGACAAAGGCAAUACGAACAAGACAGUUGAAGAAAUACAUGAAUAUGUAAACUCACAGCUUCCUUCAUAUAAACAGCUUUCUGGUGGAAUAUUUAUUAUAGAUUCUUUUCCAAGAACUGGUUCUGGAAAGAUUAAACGCUUUGAACUUACAUAA